AAGACGCUGGGCGGGGUUGGGAGCUGCCGGGCUCAGCUACCAUCGCUGGGCUGUCAACAAGCGCGGGCCUGGCGGAGCACGGCGGCGCGCGGAGACCGAGAGGCAACCGGGAGCGGCUGGGCUCCCGGCGGCGCGUCCCUCGGCAAGGCCGGGAGCCGCGCCAGUCGGAGCCCCCAGCCGAGCGCGGCCCUCCUGCCUCUCAGCGUACAUCAGUCCGGAGUGCAGCCAGCGGAUAUGACCGACCCACCAAGGGCGCCGCCGCCGGCGCUCUCAGGCCGCGGGUGAAGAAGAAAGUACGGCCUCGCUUGGUCCGGAGCGAGGAGGUGGCCCAGAGCAAGGAGGUGGCCCAGAGCAAGGAGGCGGCCCGGAGCGACGAGGUGCCCCUGGGCGAGAUGUCUCGGAACGAAGAGGUGCCCCUGACCGAGGAGGAGUCCCUGAGCGAGGAGGUGCCCCUGGGCGAGGAGCUGCCCCAGAGCAAGGAGGUGACCGGGGAGGAAAUGGCGGCAGCCGGGCUCACCUUGACCAUCACGCACAGCAAUGAGAAGCACAGCCUUCAUGUUAUCCCACAGCAGGGCAGCAGUGAACCCAUUGUCCAAGACCUGGCCCAGAUUGUUGAAGAGGCCAUAGGGGUUCCACUGCCUUUUCAGAAACUCAUAUUUAAAGGAAAAUCUCUGAAGGAAAUGGAGACACCAUUGUCAGCACUUGGAAUGCAAAAUGGUUGCCAGGUUAUGUUAAUUGGAAAAAAGAAAAGUUCAGAGGAAGAAGUUGAACUAAAGAAAUUGAAAGAUUUGGAGAAGUCUGUGGAAAAGAUAGCUGACCAAGUGGGAGAGUUGAAUAAAACACUUACUGGAAUCCAGCAGGGUUUUUUGGCCAAGGAUUUGCAAGCUGAAGCUCUCUGCAAACUUGAUAGGAAAGUAAAAGGCACCAUUGAGCAGUUUAUGAAGAUCUUGGAGGAGAUCGACACACUAAUCCUGCCAGAAAAUUUCAAAGAGAGUAGAGUGAAAAGGAAGGGUUUAGUGAAAAAGAUUCAGGUAACGGUCAGGGGAUUCCUUAGGCCAAGCAUGUGUGAAGGAAGAAGUGGAUCAAAUCUUGCUUUUUCAGACUUGCAUGCACCAGAGAUGGGGCCCAUCCACGCAAGCUGAGGUUGGGGGUGGACUUAGAGCCUGAAUUCUGCCACUGAUCAGCUCUGUAACCUUAGACGAGCUGUUUCCACUCUCUGUGCCUCAGUUUCCUCACCUGUAAAAAUUGUAAAUAAUAAUAGUGUUCCUCUCAGGUGGGACGAAUUGAAAUAAUGUAUAUAAAGUGUAGCAGCUCGUAUAGUCUAUGGCUAGGAGGAGUAAGAGUUAUAAGUAACACCAGUAGCUCAAUGAUGGAACACCUUGGUGAAAAGGGCAUGAGAAGGGAUUUAGCUCUCCUAACAAGCAUGAGAGUGCUCACGAGAUGAGAGUGUUAGUGAAUUGGCAGUCUCUACACCUGUGGUGUUGAGAGGCAUGAGAUCAGCCUUAUAUUAGGCUGGGGAGAAGGCAGUCGGGAGCGUGCGCAUUCUAUUAAGGACCCGCUUACUCUGACUCUGUCUCCUCUCCUGCCUGCAGAACACCAGCACAGUGUCUCUCUGCGGAAGCUUACAAAGCUUUGCUAUAGACUGCUAAAGGUCUAUUCUUCUAAGACUACGUCACCCUCAAAGACUAUCUCUCUCUCUCUCUCCCUUCUGCUGAAGCAAAUAGCCCUCAGGCACCUAAGAGCAAUUGUUCUCAAGCAAGGUAGCUCAGUGGUCCAGGUCCAGAACCUAGAUAAACCAGGGCUGGAAACCAACCAGUCCUGCACCCUGAUAAGUGAUAUCCACAAAGGGACACCGACAAUAAAGUAUUUGGCUCUUUGGCACCCAGUAAUCUGGAUUUUGAUGGACUGAGGGAAAGAUGAGGCUGCUGUGUGGGAAGCUUGUCCCGAGCCUCUUCGUUUACCUAUGUGAAAGGGUGAGUGGAGGGCCUUGAGGAUGCUGGCACUGCUGCCUUGGGAUGCAGACCUAGGGCCAAGGUAGACUCGAGGUUUAGGGACAAAUUGGUGUUUGAGCAGGAAUAAAUGAUAGAAUGGGGUUGGGGGAGGCUGUCACACUCCACUGAUCCAUUCAGUGUGCCAGAGUCACCUCUUUGGCCUGAACCCCACAGCCUGUCUGCACCACACUAGCAGAGAGCAUGCCCUGUCCUGCUGAGCCUGCCUGGGGAGAUCACACUGAUGGAAGGUGCCUUGGGGACCAGGCAGGGUCAGACUCAAGGGCUUUGAGGCCAGGCUCCAGACUGUGGUGAGAAGGCUGGGCCUAUUGAAGGGGCUAAUCUGGGGAACAGGCAGGGUGCCACCCUGGCCACCUUGGAGCCAUUGAAGGUGUCUGACCAGGGGCAUGGAGAAGAAUAAUCAGCACUGGUUACUCAACAUGGAUGAGAAGACUCCUCUCUACAGAGGUUAGGCCAGAAUAGCUAUCACUGCCUUACCAUUCUUGAGAAAGUCAGCUUUCCUGCAAACAUUGACAUUUCUGAAAGACAAAAGAAAAGGGAAAAAAAGGCAAGAAUUAGAUGACUCAGCUCUAGGCUCCAGGGGUCUGAGGACAGCUGCUUCAGGAGGCUUGGCCCAGCCAUUACCUAACCUGGAAUUCUUCAAGGAAAGGUAUCCUCCAGACAAUGGGGCUGUCAGAAAGCUGAUGUGGUCUUAGGUUACAUGAACAGAGACAAAGAAUUAGGGAGAGCACAGUUCUAGCCCAUUCCUCACUAGCUAUAUACCACUGGAAUUAUGUCCUAUACAAUAAAAAAAUUCAGUUAUUAUAUGCCAGGCAUUGAGAAUACAUGAUUUUAACUAGUUUUCAUACCUCUCUUACCACUGUGAAGCAGAGGGAAGAAAGAGGCAGAGGUGGGUACUGUGGUCCACUACCCAGAGCCUUCCUGAGGACUGAGGCACUAAUUUCCCCAGCUGUCAGGAGGAUUGGCCAGCAAGAACUUCCCUAGGAAUUACCUUGAGAGAAUGGAGCUGCCUGGACCAGCCCAUAUCCAUUGACAGGUUGAUUAGAGUACAAAGGCCCUGACCACCUAGUCUCAACUUAGAACAAUGCUAUAGGGCCAGCCCAGCUCCAAAGCUCCCUAUAGGAUCCCCUGAAGCCUCUGUUGCACUAUAUCAGCAUCUGGGUCUGCUUCCCUCACCCUUUGUGGGUGGCACUCCCAAGACCACUCCCCAGUAAGCUGCAUGCAGAUCUCAGAGACUGUUUCCUCGGACAUUUGACUGAGCUAUGACAGAAACUCAAAGAGGUAAGGCAGUGCCGUUCAUUAAGGCAGAGCUAAGAUUUUCACACAGGUCUGUCAUUAUUCAGGGCUUCACACACACAGUUGUUCCCCUCAAAGUCUUGCUGAACUGCGUAUAGGAUGUAAGCAAACUGUGAUGUGACUGGCAAGUGCAAUGGGCAGAUGAGGGAGCUGAUUGCCAUGCCUAAUGGCACAGGUGGAAGGAAGGGUGUCUAAGUAACUUAGAGAAGAGCAGCAUGCUUUCUCUCUUUUUUUGCAGUUUUGGCUGGGGUUGGGCUUGAACCCACCACCCCUGGUGUAUGGGGUCGGCGCCCUACUCCUUGAGCCACACAGGUGCCGUCAGAGCAGGAUGCUUUCUGAGAUCUCUGAAGGGCUGUCGUCGGGCUGAGGGAGGGAAGCACUGCUUGUCUCCAUCCCACAGAACAGAGCUCAUCAGUAUGAAGGGGCUGCGUGGAAACUUGGGUUCCAUCUGAGGCACAAUUUUCUCAGGGUUGCAUCUGAGGCACAAUUUUCUUAGUGGGAACUAUGCCACAAUGUCGGAGGCUGUCUCCAGAAGUAGAGUCCACCAUCACUGGAGGUAGGCAAGGCAAUGUGGUUUUAGCUUCUGGAGAUGCUGUCACAAGAGACUUCUAAGGCAGAGAGGAAGAAGGGAACCCAGACUGUCACCUCUGGUGUGGUUUAAGCCUGGCCUUGGGGGAUUGAAAUGUAAAUCUGGACUUGUCACUUGUCACUGCACUGCUUAAAAACCUUCCAUGUAGGCUGGGCAGUUCACACCUGUAAUCCUAGCACUCUGGGAGGCUGAGGUGGGUGGAUAGCUUGAGUUCAGGAGUUCGAGACCAGUCCCUGUCUCUAAAAAAUAGUCGGGGCAUUGUGGCAGGUGCCUAUAGUCCCAGCUACUUGUGAGGCUGAGACAAGAGCAUUGCUUAGCCAGGCGUUGUGGCGGGCACCUGUAGUCCCAGCUGCUUGGGAGGCUGAGGCAAGAGAAUCGCAUAAGCCCAAGAGUUAGAGGUUGCUGUGAGCCAUGUGACGUCAUGGCACUCUACCUGAGGGUGGUACAGUGAGACUCUGUCUCUACAAAAAAAAAAAAGAGAGCAUUGCUUGAGCCCAAGAGUUUGAGGUUGCUGUGAGUUGCUGCGAGCUAUGACACUGCAGCACUCUACCAAGGGCGACAAAGUGAGACUCUGUCAAAAAAACAAAACCAUUCCAUGUCAUAAUUGCCAAAAGUAAAAGUGACCCAAAUGUCCUUCAACAGGAGGAUGAAUAAG